AUGAAUCCUUUGACCUGCUAUGACACUGUGGCCAAGGCAUCUUGGCAUACAGUUUUCGGUGUCAACUGGACGUGUCCUUCCUGGAUGUUUCUACGAGUCCUUGCAAGGAGGAAGCGACCAAUCUGUGUGACAGACGUUGCUGAAAGAGCAUCGCCGGCGUCUCCUGCGAACAAGCGCUCCUCCACAAAGACACAGUAUGCCUGCUGCCCACAACCCAGAACAACGUGA